UCCGCGUCGGACGAAGCGUCAAACAACAGUUCGCCCGAUUUCGCUCUUCAUCAUGUUCAACAUGGACAGCAUGUUAGAGAAGACCAGCCCGCGGGCGCGGCCAGGACGACGAUGAACCUCUUCCAUGAGCAACAAGAAGACGGUCGUGCAGUGAAUAUUAAUAGUGCCUGCUCAUCUAGUUGCACACCUUCGUCGAGCGUCGACCUACAAAAUAAGGCGGCUCAACAGCAAGGCCAGUCCCGGUCGCCGUCAGGAAGGACCGUCGAUUACUCCUCUUUCAAUCCACAACAUGCUCAAUCCGGUUUUUCCGCCGCCCCAUCUCCCCUGGAAACGAUUCAACUACAGAAUCCCGUGCUGGCCCCAGUAAAGCCAAAGAAAAAACCGCUGCAGCUGCUACCGGGUAGACAGUCCCCGAAUUUUUCACCCGCGGCGGCCGCGACGAACCACACAGGAGCGGCCACUGCUGUUGUGCCACCAGUUUCUUGUGUCCCCCAGCAGCAGAAGCAGCCCUACCUCGUGUCUACCUCCAAAGCAGCAGGGGUUCCUCCGCCCGCGUCCAUUAUGUCCGCGUCGUUCAAACAAUCCCCUUUGGGGCAGAUGCUGGUAGUACCGCCAGAAAAUCAAAAUUUUCACGCCAACGCCUACACAACGAUGAACAUCAAUCCUCAAAGAGACAUCAUGACUUCCUCGGUCGAAGCUCUCGAUGCCCUGCUCGAAUUAGCCCCAAACGAAACGCGGGAGCAGGGGGCGAAGCGGAAAAUAAUCGUAUCAAAUUCAAAAAUGUCUGGGUCUGGAAGGAUGCAAGGUUUGUCAUGCAGGUUUUCCAUGACCCAUGAGGUCUGGAAUGUGGAACCUAGCGUGACAGGUUCUGUGAGGUCUCUAUCAUGCCUAUCCCGCAUGAGAAACUCCCCCGCAACUUGGUCGAAAGAGGACAGCUUUUCGUACUCAUGCAACACAGAUUUUUGCAUGAUUCAGAUUUAGCAUCACAAGUUGCAUCCCUCCAGACCCAGACAUAUUUGCAAUGCAUAAAUCGAGGCGAUCGACAUGAUCGAAAACGCCUCGACCGCGAUUCACUUUGCCAAACCGAGGAAACAAGGGAAGAUCGUUUUGACCAGCAACAAGAAGGGGAGGAAAUGCGGCCCGCCGGAAGUAAAAGUGUCGGAAAAUAUUUCUGUCGGAGAAGCGAAGAAAGUUGCUCCACCAGUUCAGAAGAUUUAUUCAAAGACAUCCUCCCCGGUGAUAAGCAGUCUUGACCAAGUACAUCGUGGUCAACAUCAGACGAGGACCCACCAGCUGCAACAUCAAGUUGCAGCGAGUCAUCCACUUCUUUCGGCGCACAGCGGAACAAAUGAAACAACGACAGUGGAACAUCAAAUGAGAAAGUCAACAUCCGAAGAGAUGCAGAGGAAUAAAACGCGGAAUCUGUUGGAUUUUGAUGAUGCACAGGAUUAUUACGGCGGUACUACGGUUCUUGGUGCAGAUCAUGAUGGGCAGGCAGACGUGGAAAUGAAACAAGCAUCAAGCGCACCGGAAGAUGACGCGAAUCAGCAUGACGAGGAAAGCAUGAUUUUUGGGACGACCGACGCAGAGAACACGGCGGAAAUUAAUAAAGUAGGGGAAACUACAACUGCUGGUGCACCAGCUAUGGACAGCAAUGUUAAAACCGACGCGCAUGUUGCUUUCGCUGUACAACCGCAGGCGACUUCUACUGUGAAGAGCCACGAGAGCGGCCCGAGCGUCGUCGAGGUGGAAGACCCAGACCACAGUUCGGAGGACGAAGACGAGUAUGACUUUGAGGACCUUGACUCCCCGAUGUUCGGGACUGACAGCCAGGACGUUCUUGUUUCAGCAGCCGCAGCGGAGAAGAAAGAGAACAAAGACAAUGCCAACAAACACCAAGCCGGCGCACAAGAACAGCAUAGUACAAACAAACGGAAGAAACUGGAGAAGCUCAUUCUAGACGACGAGCUCUGUUUACACGCUCUUAGCAUCUACAGCAAGGAGCGGGAAAUUUUCCUGCGCAACAAAAGAAUUUCCGAGUUAGACAAGAAGGACGAAGACCACGACCUGGAGAAGUUUCUCGCCAGCCCGGACGCGGCCAGGAUGAACAGCAACACCACGAACAAGCCGAAUACUGCAAAUGCUUCCGUGGUCGAAAACAAGAAGAAGGACAAUCUUCAAGACGUGGAUUUGGAGAGGAAGUUCUACGAAACGUUGUUGCACAAGGCGGACCGGUUUCUGGACACGAAUUUGCUGAUUCGGAAGUUUCCGAAAUGCACCGAGUACGCCACGGAGUUGUUGAAGAAUCUGGGCGACAGACUCCAGUCCUGGCUGGAAGAAGACUUGAACCGAAUUUGGCUGAACGCAGAACGGCGGCUGAUGAAAGCACUCCGGGGCGAGCUCCCGCGGAGCCAGCGAGAGAUUAGCAAGCAGCGGGCGGUCAAAGUACCCACGACAAUUUACCGCCCCGAUUGCGCGUUUCUCGUGUCGCACGAGGGAAAGUCGGUAUUUACUAAACUAUAAAUAUUGUUAUUUUUUCAGCACAAGAAGAACUACCCAUACUUCAUGUUCAAUGUCAUUGUGCGCUUGUUGGGUCGAGGUUCUUUCUCGUCAGCUUUGCAGAGUGCAAGUUCAGGAAGGAAGUCAACACGCGAGGAUGAUUGUCCUUUCGUACAAGAUGAAACAAAAACCCUACAGGUUUUUGACGCGGAGGACGUUGGCCUGCACAGGGCUGCACUGCAGCAGCUGAAUGAUAACUUGUUUUCCCAUCUCCAGUCGGACAUGCUCCGCUUCACGGUCCAGAACUCCCAAAAGACGGCG